AUGGUUUUGCACACUCUGCAAAAACGAGGCUGGACUACCCGUUCUACGCAGAAGCGUGUGAUGCUCGGUCAUUGCACACGCUUGACACUCCUCACUGACGAAGAAUGGCACCGUCUCUCUCAGUUCAUUCACGAGUAUGAUCUCCCCGUCAGUUUUGUCGGUCUGCCUGGCAGUGAUCUAUAUAUGGCUGCCCCGGUAGGCCAGGAGAAUCGUCACCAGAGAGCUCGAGGUACCCUCAACAUCCCAGAACUGAUUCGCAAAUAUGAUUUGGAUGCAGUCAUGGGGGCCUGUGUUGGGGUUGGGGUUUACCAGGCUGGUGCGCUGGAAGAUACCCGGCUUUUGUAUGAAUGUGUUUCCACUCGGGCUCGAGCUGCAAUUGGGCUUCCUUUGCAUAGUUCUGGACUUAUGAUUCAUGAAGGUGGACAUCCGGAUCUUAUUCUCUUUCAUGAUCGAGAUGAUACUGGGUGUGGAGUUUCCCGUCCUCGUACGAGUGUGGCUGAAGUUGUUUGGGAUCCACCUCAGCGGAGUAAUAGAAGUGUGAUCAUCAAUGGAAGGGUGCAACUUGUUAAACGGGACUAUGAGUUCCUUGACUCUGUAUAUGAGUUUGAGAAUUGA